AUGAAGAAUCAUCUUCUUGAAGAUGUUCGACCGUCCAUAUUUGCAGAGUUCGAACUUAUACUUUUAACACUAUUCACCGGAAUUCAAGAUGCCAUCUCCUUCCCCGACUACCACUGUUUCGCCUCCAAUCAGACUGGAAACACUGUAUUUCUCAUGCUGGCAAUCGUAUUCCCCGAGUUCGAUGGAGACAUGUUUAUCACGGCAAACAUUGGCGCCGCUCUCGGGUUCUUUGUGCUGGGCGGCUGGUCAACAGGACAAGUGAGCCACCUGGUCGGUCCCCGGCGGCGCUGGUGGCUCGUCUUGUGCAACCUGUUGCAGUCGCUCCUCGUCUUUGCCGCGGCCGCCAUCCAGCUCGAGUACGGCACCCACAAAGUAGGCCCCGCCGCCGUCACCGCCGUGGCCUUGCUGGCGUUUGCGUCUGGUAGCCAGGUCGUGCAGUCGCGGUCGCUGGCCAUGACGGAGAUCUCCACGGCCAUGGCCACGGCGGCUUGGGUGGACUUGUUGAUCGAUCCUCACAUGUUUACGCGCGAGAACCGGGCCCGGAACCGGAGGGUGUGUUUCUUGUUGGCGCUGAUCGUGGGAGCCCUCAUUGGUGCUGGCAUUUACAAAACGAGUGGCUCGGCGCCGGCGAUAUUCCUUUCGGCGGCCGGUAAACUCCUUGUGACACUAAUGUACUUAUUUAAUGGGGCGGAGAGACCAAAAGUAGUUGAUGUAGAAGACGGCUCAGUAUAA